UUUGUGUCUUGUGAAUCACCGGUUUCGAGGCGGGUGAAAGGGACGUUGCUUAGUUGCAAAGAUGUCCUCAGACAUUAUUUUCAUGAUUUCCUCAUGUAGCUAACGUUACUGUAACGGUCAUUCGAUACUGCUUGUCAGCUGUGGUUUUAAUUCGCCUUCUUUCGUUAUCCACGUAAUCUUAUUUAUAUUGCAUUGAAUAUCGUCUUCGUUUAUUUCCAGGUGAUACAUGGUCGAAUGUUUUAGCCUCUUCGUUUUGGACGGAUACGUUUAGAAGUCACUACCAAAAACAAUCUGUAACCACGGGUGUAAUCAUUAGUCCAAACAGUUGCAAAACGGACUGAAACGAGAGUUUCUAGUUGACAAAUUCAGGUUGGUCCCUCCCCGUUUCGUUCAGUUUGCUUCCCUUUAAGAAACGUUUUGCACCAUAAUAGGCGUAAUGAAUAUACACCUAUAACGAUACUCUGUCUGUCACAAUGCCUCUCGAGUAGCAGCAAUCAGCCACCUACAUUUGAUCCAGUUGAUAACCUUCUGAAGUUCUGCUUUCAUCGCUCCUGUGGUUAUUUUAUAACCAAGAACACGGCGCUGUCACAAAACGCCAGCUCUGUGUCAGGCAAGAUGACCACAGCCAGGUAUCGGCCCACCUGGGACCUGGCACUGGACCCGCUGGUCUCCUGCAAACUGUGCCUUGGAGAGUUUCCCCUGGAGCAGAUGACCACCAUCACUCAGUGUCAAUGUGUCUUCUGUACACUGUGCCUGAAGCAGUAUGUGGAACUCCUUAUCAAAGAGGGGCUCGAAACUGCUAUUAGCUGUCCAGACUCUGCCUGUCCAGAAAGAGGACACUUACUGGAAAAUGAGAUUGAGUGCAUGGUGGCUUCAGAGGUUAUGCAGAGACACAAGAAGUUACAGUUUGAAAGGGAGGUGCUUCUGGACCCGUGUCUGAUGUGGUGCCCGUCGUCGUCGUGCCAGGCAGUGUGCCAGCUGAAGGAGACUGAGGUGGCGCUGCCCCAGCUGGUGCAGUGUGCCGUGUGCACCCUGGAGUUCUGCUCUGCCUGCAAGGCUAACUGGCACCCCGGGCAGGCCUGCCCACCACCGGAGAACAACCUGCCCAUCACCGCCUUCCUACCUGGAGAGACCAGCUCCUUUUACAAGAGUGACGAUGAUGACGGUCCCAUCAAGCGCUGUCCCAAGUGUAAGGUGUACAUCGAGAGAGACGAGGGCUGUGCCCAGAUGAUGUGCAAGAACUGCAAACAUGCCUUCUGCUGGUACUGCCUGGAGUCACUGGACGAUGACUUCCUCCUGAUCCACUUUGACAAAGGACCCUGUCGAAACAAACUAGGCCACUCCAGGUCGUCUGUCAUCUGGCACAGAACACAGGUGGUGGGGAUCUUCGCUGGCUUUGGCCUGCUCCUGCUGGUGGCCUCUCCCUUCCUCCUCCUGGCCACACCAUUCAUCCUCUGCUGCAAGUGCAAGUGCAGCAAAGGAGAUGAUGACCCCUUUCCCACCUAAACCUCACCCCACCAACACAGGCGGGUGAAGAGUCCCCCCCCCCUCCCCCGCCUUGGACCAUUUUUUUCUUUUUCCCCUAUUGCCUCCCUCCAACCUUGGAGUGCUGCUUUAUUUAAUGUGACUUGGGCCUAGCCACUUCCCAAUCCAUCUCACUCCAGUGUCAUGGUGGGAGUGGAGAAGGAGGUGGUGACCCCAUGUAGACGAGGUCAAAGGUCACGGGUCAGACUUUGAGGAGGACAAUGAUGCCCCUCUGUGUGGAUUUGGGGGCUUGUGUAAGUAUACUGUAGCAGGGCCACUCUGAGGCCUCUGCUGUGCUUCAGGCAGUACAAGACAAGAGGAGGGUGUUUUAUCAAGAUGAAGGAUAAACACAUUAGGAUGUCAGGGUUGGGCUCAAUUCUAAUUGAAGGCAGUCCUUUUAAGAAUUAAACAAAAAUUAAAUAAUUGAUCAAAUUGCAUUUAUUUUAAAUUACUUCUCAAUAAACUUAACUGUAAACUUUUUAUUUCACAAGUUUUUACAUUUCAGAAUUUACAUUUCAAAUCACUUCCAUGAAUUGACUGCCUUCAAUUGGAGUUGAGCCUCCCUGUUCUAGAUCCUCUCCUCGGGACAUUUUCAUGCAGGAACAGCUUGAAUCUGAGGACCUUUCACUUGAACUCACUUAAAUCAAGUUUUGUUCAUUUGUCAAACACAAAGCUCCCUCCCCCCACUCUCUGUGUAGCUGUCAACAUACAGGAAGUAGCACUGGAGUUACGUGAUGGCCCACGUUUUGUGUUCACUCUGUUUGCACAUGAGACUCCCGUUUGUCACUAAGGACCGGGGCGGGAGUUGGGACGUUUUCUCUCUCACUCCCCUGUACAGCACCUUCUCUUGUUGAUGUCAGUGUUUUUGUAAUCUUUCGCUCUGUUCCAACUAUCAGCAAGAAAGUAUUAAUUUUACAAACUGGAUUUGAACCCUUAUGUGUCUACAGGUAUUUGUGGACGGUGUCCCAAACUCACUCUCACAUCACAAUAAGAUAAUCAUGGGCCUGUAUUCACACAGUCUAAGAGUAGGACUGUGAAUCCUAGGUUAGCACUCUUACUCUGAAACACUUUGUGAAUACAGGCCCUGAACCUUAGUGUCGUCAUCCACACAGACGGAAACGAACCAUUUGGAAUCAACAGAAGCGAAUUCUGUUGUCAAAUGGAAUACCUGAAUAUAGAUGUCCUGCCGUUUUAAUUCAGAGUUCCUCUGAACCCAGAUAAUCAUAUUGCUUAGCCAAAUAGAACAAAUGGUUUUAAAUAAAUUAGAAAAAAAAGCCAAAAAGCCACCUUUAGUUUCCUGAAGAAAAAAAUUGUCUUGCAAUUGUCCAGUUCCGUCCUUGUGAAAGCACACUUAAAUAAUGAAUUUGUUUAAUGCAUCACAAUCAGUCAUUAAAACCUGUGCAUUGUCAGGUAGAACAUAAGAGAUGAAUUCAUGUCUCUCUGAUACAAAGAUGUCUCUUCAUAUCAUCCAUAUCACAUUGAUGUUGGUCAUAUAUAUCCAACUACUGUAAAGAACAAUAAUCCUAUACAAAUGUUUUUUGUUGUGUGAACUAGUGGAAAACUUGCAUAUGUUAGUGGUAUGGUUGUCAAUGUUUUCAUUGGGAGAAAGUCGAGAGCUCACUCUCUCUACAUGCAGCUAACCUUUGCAGGGCUAUCAAAAUGUCAAGAACUUCACUAGACUGUUUUGGACACAUCCGAAAGCUGCUCUACACAUCACUGUAUCUAUGCAAGUUUGUGCGUUUCCAAUCUUACUAGGUCUUGCUAAUAGUGUGGUCAUAUCAAGUGGUCCAGUAUGUUAUACCAGAUUCCCUGUGCCAUCUCUUCAUACGGUAGUGUUUUACAAUAGGGGGGUUGACUUGCAUCAGAUGUAACAUGGGUUUGAUUUGACCUAUCUGGGAAGCCAUACAUUAGUUAAUCACCGUCAUUUGUCCUCAUGUUGUUCCAUUAGACUGUGGUGAGGAUGCAUGUAGCUACACCGUUUCUCACUCAAACACAUUUAAAAGGGCAAUCUGCUGCAUCCAUUUUUUGACUUUUAAAUUCAUAAUAUAUAGCCAUUGAUUUAUGAAGAAUAUAACGGUCUCAUGAGCUUAGUUCAACUGUAUAAACCCAUUAGAAACCAAACUAUAAGCUUAUUUUACUCAUUUGUAAACACUAAUAAUUCUAUAGCCUCAAAAUGGUUAACUAUAAUUUUGAUAUUUAAUGGAUAGUCAGUCCUUGCAUCCAUAGCUGUUUUAUGAAUUUCUACAUCUACUGUUUACCAAAACAGUGGCAGGGUGCCCAUUCUUUUUAUUGCUUGAACUGAAGAUUGACCCUGAACUCAAGAGAUGAGUCAUUAUGAUUCCGUCCAUCACUUAGCUACUUUGGAACACAUACAGAAUACUGAGAAACUCUUCAAAGAAGUCCCUGAUUUUUAAUGUUGCUCUCCUCGUAGCAUUCAAAUAGGGGCUAUGGCAGUUAAUGGAACCAUCAUCAGCAAUCACCUUACCUCAUGGUAGCCAUUCCUUUAUAAACAAAGAUGAUGUUAGCCUAAAUGUUUGAAUACCUCGCCUGUAGCCUCAUUUUCUUCUAACCCUUAAUGCAUCAAAGCCUGUUUCAACUGAACAUGUGGAUCACUGAGCUGACCAUGUCUUUGUAUGACAAUUGUGCCAAGAAGGUCUCUCGUGUGGCAAUGGUGAAAUUGAAUGGUGUAAAGUGAAUAGUUUGAAGCGUCUAAGAAUUUUUCAAAUAAAAUCUUGGAUCUUGUUUCCGUAUGGUGUGGAUGUUAUGUUGGAGGUUGAGCCUUGGAAUCUGCUGGUAUGACAUGUACUAUUGUUUUGGUUUUCAAGAUGUAGUAUGUUCAUUAAAUGCUGUAGUUUUUCUGGAAUUGUUGAGUUUUUUGAAUGGGUUUGGAGAUCAGAAGAAAUGGAGACGCUAUUUCCAGAUUUCCUCAACUCGGAGACUUGGAAGGAUGGCAUUGAAGGACUAUAGGAAAUGUAACACUCAACUUGUUUCCACUUCUCUUAUCAUCCAUUUGGUAUAGUUGGGAUGUUGAGCUGAGAAGAAAUCCUGAAUAUUUGUCCUCUUGACUCAACUGAUUUAGGUUGCUGGCUUUUCAUAUGGUUACACAGUAUCUACCAAUCAAACUCCAAGGACUCGUUCAGUCAUUGGUGUCAUUCAGCAUUAUGCAGUAAAGGGCCAAAAAGAUGUACAUUUAGACGCCGUUCACCUUGAGGUGAUGCCAUGCAUGUUGCACAAUUAUUUUCUAAGAUUUGAUACUUCUAUUGCUAUGUCCACAUUUCUACUGAGAUGUAUGUAGGUUGUCCAAACAAUUCCAUUGCUGUUGUUUUUAAAAUGCAUGUUUUACUCUACCACUACUAUGCGUUUUAAGAACCCAUACUAUGCCUCUUCAUUUUAGGGACUGAAAACAAGUACUUAAAUUUCUGUCAUGACAUACUCUAUCCUGGCUUUUGAAGUUUGCCUUUUACACUUAAGACACUGUACGUAGGUUGCCUUUGUGUUAUACUUGUUCUGUUGGCUUUGAUGCAGUUGAUCAUACAUUUAAUUACUUUCAACUAUUUUCAACUUUUCAAAAGAUGUAGCCUUUUAAAUUGGCAUGUGUGAAUAAACCAACAUUGUACUUCUCCCAUGUAUCUACAGUUUCACUGACACUGUGACAUGGAAUAAAUGUGGUUGUUUUUUGUGA